AUGAUGAGCACCGGAAAGGUCGAAAACAGUGGAAAAAAGCGGCGGCAACAGGGCUUCUUGGACGAAUGCCGGCGAUCCAUCAAGGAGCGGAGACGUCGGAAUCGGUCCAUCGAGAAUUGGGCGUCCGUUCGCGCCAACCUCAUCAUCGACAUUCUGCAACUUGACGACUUUCCGCCACAGGUUGAACAAAAACUUGAAUAACAACUGAAUCACUUUCAAAGUUAAUAAUCAGAUUCACAUGCGAAUUAAGGUGUUGAUUUUUACCCUUCAAAAAUGCAGCAAUCGACUUGAAAAAUAUUCAAAAAAACGAGGAUUUAAAAUUUCAAUUUUUCUACUGAAUAUCUUUUAAUUUUUUUAAUUUGUGGAAUAUUCGUGAAAAAUUUUCCUUCGGGUAAAAAACCUUGCUAAAUACAUGUUUUAUUUAUUUUGCCUAGAUGACUUCAAUGAUAAAUGCUCGAAAGAGGCGGGGCUUCCUGGGAUUUUUGGAAUAAAGUUGUUAACACGCUGUCUCCGUUAUUCUCAAAAAAACAACGGGUACAAUAAAAAAAUAUUUUUUUGAUUUUGAUGAAACUUCAUCCAGUGUGAUAGCCAAUCAUCAGAAAUGCGGACCCAACUUUUUGAGCCAUUCCCUCUUACUGUAGCCGGGUUACGGUAGGCAGGUGGGCACCUGCGUAUCUCAGUACUGAAGAGUUUUUACUAGGCGAGUGAUAUAUCAAUCGAUAGGUAAUCCAAUUUCAAGAACUUUUACAGUACAUACCAUCUUGGGUUACGGUCGAAAAAUUUUGAGUUACGGUACUUUUUGUGUCUGCCGAGUCAGUUUUUCGACCACCAUGAGCUUGAGCCAGGAGAUCUAUUCUUCCUAACUUCUCAAAAGAUACCUUAUGAGAAGCUGUACAAGCUGGUACUAGUUUGAGAAAAUCCUAGGUGGACCAUCAUUUCGAAAAAUCGCCCCGAAGGCGCGCAAUCGUGGUCUUGCGGCGGCCAAGUGGGUGAAGUCCAUGAUGCCGGACGGCUCAUUUUUCACAGAUCCAUUCUAA